AUGCCAAGUAUAGAGAGUCUCUUCCAAGAAAACGUAGCCAUUGGCCACUCCAAUAUAAGUGAGCAAACCAUCGUUGUUUACAUCAGCUCUGCUGCUGGUGACAAUUCGUGGCUUCAGCAAUGGUUCAGGCCAGGGAACCUCAGUAGCGAAGAACGUGAAACUAUACUGUGGGUGAAGCUGGCAAACAAUACUAAAGAGUGCUUGCUCUUUAAGAGCAUUUUCCCCUCAUCAUCUGCUCCGAGUAUAAAUAUACUGCAGAACGGGCUGCUGGAAUGUUCAAUUCAAGGUAACAGUCUUUCUCGGGACCAGGAUCCCUGGGAAACCUUUGUCAAUGGACUACAGCUGGUCUUCAAGGGGCAAACAACAAAGAGGAAGUUAUUUUCCAAGAAGAAUGAAGAGUAUCAAAGAGUCAAAAGAAUGAUACAGAACGAUAAGUUGGAAAGGAAGUACGCCUUCCAUAACGCUAGCGACCCUGAAAGGAAGGUCCAAAAAUGGGAGCAGUUGACGGUUACUGAUAAUGUUAGCUACAAGAGCCAAAAGGUCUUCCUGGCACAGAAUUAUUGUACUCUACAGUUGAAGUUGCCCAACGGAUACACAAUUUCAAAUACUUUCCCCCCGCAUACAAAACUGCACAAAGUGAGGAUGUGGUUGGACUAUAAUUGUUACGACGAUGGCACUCCGUACCUUUUCCACAGAAAUGUGCCAAGAGUGACUCUAACGCGAAACGACGAGCUAAAAAGUCUGCAAGAACUGGAUUUAUUGCCCAGAUCGACUCUUAUUUUGGAGCCGCUGGAAGUCAACAACAGACAAUUUGACGACGUGGAGCAGUCAUCUAUCUUGCAUAGAGUCUAUACCGGUUUGACCUAUUUUUGGGGAAAGGAACCAGAAGCCGAUCUCUCUUCCUCUCAUCUUGGUUACCAGAGAUUGGGCACAAACGUCUCAAAUAGGACGAAUUACACUUUACAGAAAAUAUCCAGCUUAGAAAUGGUGUCCGAUGGAGGAGGAGGCGACUCAAUGGACCCUUCAGCGUAUACCACCCCAAGAAUGUAUCCUUCCAGUGGCACUACUCAACUUCGGCAAAACGUAUCUGAAUUAAACUUAUCUUCCAAUAAUUCAGCAUCUAACACUAAAAUUCGUACGUUGGGCUAUUCUAAUAGUAAUAAUAAUAAUAAUAAUAAUAAUAAUAAUAACGGGAACAGUUAA